AUGGCGGAAGAGAAGGUGAGGAUUCGUCUGGUGUUUGAGGAUCGACGGAUUUUGAGUAAGUAUCAGAAGAGGGAAGGUCUAAAGCGGAGCUGGGUUGUUCUGAAUCGUAAAUGUCAGCGAAGUGUUUCGGAGUUUUCUGAUCAUCUCCUUCGCACAUUCAGUCUCUUUGAAGCUUGUCCUCAUGGCCUCUCUCUAUCCAUGGAAGGUUUCGUUUUACCGCCAUUUGAGUCGAGCUGUGUAUUGAAGGAUAAAGAUAUCGUCUGUGUUAAGAAGAAGAAGGAAUCUUUGUUGGAGAUUAUGGGGGAAGACAGUGAAGAGAAUAAUGUUUGUGCUGCGAUUGAAGCUGAGGAGAGGCCUCGGAUUCUUCCUGGUGAAAUGCUUCUUGCUAAUGUGGAAUUUCAGAAGGAAACUGGAGGAUAUGAAAGUGAGUCUGAGGAAGAUGAGGUCGAAGAGAAAGCAGAAGAGGUUGUGCCCGAGAAGAAGACUUCGAAGAAACGUAAAGCUUCAAGCAAAAGCCCAAGCUCCAAGAGGAAGAAGUGUAAGCUAGCUACUACUGAAGAAGCUCCCGUGGAAGGAGAAAACGUGGCUGUUGUAAGCAAAAGCAAGGCUGUAAAGAAGAGGACGUCACUGGAUGUACAGAGUACUGAAAACGAUGAACAGAAUGAUGCGAAUACCAAGUCUAUGACCAAAUCAAAGAUGUCCUCGCAACAAGAGGAGAGUAAAGAGCCUAACGAAUUGUGCAACAUGUCUGCUGAAACUAAAAAGAUACCUAGCAGAAGUGCUCGGCGUAAAAAGGCUAAACGGCAAUGGUUGAGAGAAACGAAAAAACUAGAGAAGGAAGAGCUUCAACAGAAGCAGUUGGCUGUAGCACCCAUCCAAAAACCAGCUAUCAUUAUAGAUUCCCAAGUAACUCAAGAAAAUCACACUGAAACUCUUGAAAGUCCACAGCCAGAUGAACAUGGUGAUGGUGUUGGGGAUGAAGUGGUUCCUGUGGUAGUGAGGCCAGGCCAUAUUCGCUUCAAGCCGCUUGGUGGAACAGACCAAGCUUCCCUUGAAAGUGAACCUCCCAUGGAAAAUAUCUCGUGGAAUGGAAACAUGACGAAGAAGAAAGGCCAAAAAUGGGGCACAGAGAAGACAGGAUUCGCCAAACGAUACGCUCAGGAUUUCAAUGAAGAUACUUACCAGGCACAGCCCGCCGAAGCAGAGACACUUGCUAAGGGUCCGAUCAACUAUGAACAGCUUGUGGCUUACACUGGCUCAGUAAAGAAAGGAGACGUAAUUGCGUACCGCCUCAUUGAGCUGAGAUCAUCUUGGACGCCUGAGGUUUCACCUUUUCGAGUUGGAAAGAUAAGCUACUAUGAUCCAGACUCCAAGAAGGUGACUUUGAUGCCUGUUCAAGAAUAUCCAAUUGAGAAGAAGACAGAAGAGGACGAUGACGAAUCCUCAAUGGAACCUGAUACAUCUCUUUAUAAAGAAGAUGGAUCCUUGGAGAUAGAAUUUUCUGCUCUGCUCGAUGUCCGCUGCAUCAAUACUACCAGCUCAGAUUCCGCUGAAGUCGCCAAGUCAGCACCGCCCAAGCCUGACCAAACAGCUACAAAUCAAAAGCUGAACCCAAACAACGGUUUACAAACCCCUGUAAAAGAAAAUGGUAAAGUGAACCCUUGGGAAGAACUAAGUGAAGCAUUAAGUGCAAAAAAAGCAGAAUUGUCUCAGAACAACAAUGGCUGGAACAAGAAAGGAAGUUCAAGUGGAGGCUCGUGGUCUUACAAGGCCCUGCGAGGAAGCGCUAUGGGUCCGGUAAUGAAUUAUCUAAGAUCUCAGAAAGAGAUCUGA